UGGUACAGCCCGACCAAGCUGCACAGGAAGUGGAAACGAGUUAAGAAGACAUCUCGGCGUUACAAUCUAUCUAUUUUAUGAUGCCCUAAACAAAUAUGCACCUCAAUUCAAUGACUUUCGGUUAGCUUGUUGUUUUUCCAGUUUUCUGCCCUGUUUGGCUCUCAGAUACUGCAAAAGGGGGAAAAGACUGCUAUAAAUCCAGCAUCACAGUCAUCCGUUAUAGUAAAGUGGCCAUUCAAUGCCUAACACAUCAGAAGGUCAAGGAGCAAACCUCUCUGGGCCAGCAGAACCGUCAGGGCUGCAGAGGCCUCCCGAUGGACAAGAGGAACACGGUCUGAUGAGCGCCAUCAUCCGAGAUGCUGCCAGAGUAAGAAGGGCUUCCAGUGCUGAGCUGCACCUGCCCUGGACCUGCCCGGUCACACACUCCCGUGAGAAGUUCUACACAGUCUGCUCCGAUUAUGCUCUUCUCAACCAGGCUGCUUCUGUGUACCGACCCCCAAACACAGCCAUGGACCGGUUGACGGGUGAUGGCCCUUCGCUGCUGAAGCCCAAACCAUCUACUGACUUCAGUGCUGGCCAGUCUGGAGGGAGCCAUGCAGGUUCAGACGGGGACAAUGACAUGAUGGAGGUGUCCUGUUCCAACACUAAGCCUAUCUUGGCCUGGGAGAUUGAUACUACAGACUUCAAUGCUGUGCUCACAAGAAAAACAAGAACAAGCAAUGUGAAGAAAAGCAUGGCCAAGAAAAUGAAAUCUUCGGACAGAUUCAGCCGUAAUCUGCAGGACGUCCCUCCUCAUGCCUCGCUGGAGGAGAUCCAACAGAGAAAAGUACUCGACCUCAGAAGAUGGUACUGCAUCAGUCGGCCGCAGUACAAGACUUCAUGUGGGAUCUCGUCUCUGGUAUCCUGCUGGAAUUUCCUCUACAGCACUCUGGGUGCAGGGAGCCUUCCACCAAUCUCUCAGGAGGAGGCUCUGCAAAUUCUGGGUUUUCAGCCGCCCUUCGAAGAAAUCAAGUUUGGUCCUUUCACCGGCAAUGCCACUCUGAUGCGGUGGUUCAGACAAAUCAACGACAAUUUCCGAGUGCGGGGCUGUUCCUACAUUCUGUACAAACCACAUGGAAAACACAAGACGGCAGGAGAGACGGCUGAAGGAGCGCUGAUGAAACUAACCCAGGGGCUGAAGGAUGAGUCCAUGGCCUACAUUUACCACUGCCAGAACCAUUACUUCUGCCCAGUGGGCUUUGAAGCGACACCACUCAAAGCAGCAAAGGCAUACAGGGGCACUUUACCCACAAAUGAAAUGGAGUACUGGAUCCUGAUUGGUGAACCCAGUAGGAAACAUCCAGCUAUACACUGUAAAAAAUGGAUGGACAUUGUGACGGACCUGAACACACAAAACCCAGAAUACCUGGACAUCCGUCACACAGAGAGGGGCCUCCAACGUCGCAAAACCAAAAAGGUGGGGGGUAACCUGCACUGCAUCAUGGCGUUCCAGAGAGUUAACUGGCAGAAACUCGGCCCCUGGGCUCUGAACCUGGAGAACCUGCGACACGACUAUCACCACUCCGGCACAGAGCGGGCCCACGCCUCCGACGACACAGAGGACAGGAUUUCAUCGAAGCGCCUGGCCAACGUGGGACGCUCGCACAGCAUGGGGAGCCAGAAAGACAGCAGCUGGAAACGUCAGUCCAACACGGCAGAGUACAGACAGAGGAGCUCACCUGACAGCGACCUGGAGGAAGACUGAACAGGUUUAACAGGACAGACAGACAGAGGGAGGGUUCAAUAACAGACAUUACAGAGGUCUGCUGUUAUUCUUUAUUCAAGCCAACAAAUCCCGUGCAAAGAACCAAAACCAGUAAUGUCUGACUUUCUCGUCAUAUCUGAGGCACUAAAGCUAUUUAUACAACUUUAACGUUUUACUUUUUAUACCUGCAACUCGUUUCCAGCAGAUACACUGCACAAGUGUUCAGAAGCAUUAGUAGUUCAAUAUUAGGCGUUUUCAGACCGCAGGAAGUUCUUUAUAGUUCUAGGAACCGUUGGACCGUUUUUUAUCCAUUCCGCACCGCAGGGACUAUGAACUAGACUAUGAACUAUUUUAGUUCCUAGAACGCUGUAAAGAGGAACCUUUUUAGCUCCUUCUUCAGAGUAGGUACCAUGGCGGUGCGAAUGCAGACAGAAAAAAGAUACCCAGUAUGUGUAGUUCUCAAACAACUCUUGCUCCGUGUCUGAUCGGGAAAUAAAGGAUCUAAAAUAAAAAGCAUACAGUAAAAAGUAACGCCGCAGUGUGGGUCGUACAGAGGUCAUUGUCAACAGACAAUGUGUUGCCAUAGAGACAGGACAGAAGGGCAACGCUUUUCUUCUCAGUGAACAAACGUUUCAUACAAGCGCUCCUGAGCGCACAGCCAGUGCUUUUCUGCCUGUAAAAAUAAGCUGGGUACGAGGACUUGGGGUGUCGAUCGACGAAAAAAAAUCUGUUUCUAAACUGUUAAAUUACCAACUUUGUUCCCAAGCUAAAUGCUAACUUCGCCUGCCUGGUGCUUGGUGCAAAACAGUUGUUGUACACUGUUUUCAGAGAUUUUUCAGUGACAAAAGACACCUUCAGCUUAGUAAAUAAUGAGACUAUAAGUGAACAAAAAAAAAAAACCAUGAUCAUUAAAAAUAGAUAUGUAGUCAUUUAAAAAAACGACUCAAAAAGCAGAGUGUUGUAAUUUUUUCUAAAAUGUUACUCAGGAAGUUGUAUGUCUUUAGGGACAAUAUGUCAAUGGGGGAUUAAAACUCAUUUGGUGUUCCAGAGACUUUCUAGAGUGGAUAGGACAACACAUGGGGGAUGAACUAGAGUUAGCUACAAUGCAAAGGUGAAUAGCUUCAAAGCCUCAUGGUAUCAGUGAAGUGCUUCUGCAGGUUCAGGCCAAAGUAAAGCUCUGUACUAGUACAGAAAAAGAGCUUACAUCAAGUUUCCAAUACACACAUACUUCAUUCAUUGUUGGUUGUGGUCUUUCAUGGGAUUUGUGGAUGUAAGGAAAACAGAAUAUUGACAGAUUUGCACCUAAAUAUACAAAUCAUGUUUUAGAGACUAUCAGAUGGAGAAUUAACUCGUUUUUAGGAUCAUGUUCUAGUUCUCAUUAGUCUGGCACCCAAUGGACAAUUAAAACAUGUGGAUAAGUCUGAUAUCUUGCAGUUAAUUUUGUUUUUGUUUUAGCUGACUAAAUUGACUUUGAAUGCUAGAAUCAAUCAGGGCAACCAAAUGUGAGACAUAGCAUCCGGCUGCCAGGAUAGAAAGCUAACCUGUCGAGCUCUUUUAGUACUGAUGUGAUCGCAGUUUCACAAUGUUUCACAUCUGCAGCAGCCAUCUUUGUAGUUUUGGCCCUAAACCCUACUCAGUAUAAGAAGCACUUGUCUUUGGACCGACCUAAAGUAGGACAGAUGUAGAGUCUGUUUUCUUACAGAUUUCUUCUGACACUUUUGUGUUUUUUUUUUUUUUUGCAGUAAGAUACAUUAACAACUCAGUGAACAUAUUUGUGUGCAAGAUUAGUGUGCCAUCCAUUUGCAUAUCCAUCUAUUUCAUUUGUUCGAUACAGUGAAGCAGAACAAACAUGCAGCUGUGCAUGGAUAGUUGCUGUGUUUUUAACCUCAUGGUUAAAAGUUGUUAGAAGUUGUUCCUGUUAUUUUUCCCAACAGACAAUGGAUGAUGUGUUUUUCAGACGAGCACACUGAAGGGUUAUUUUCAUCUCUUUCCUCUACUCAUCACAAACAUUUAUCUUAUUUAUACUUCUACAACAAACCACCCGCAGCGAUCCUGUAAAAGUGCACAUUUUACUCACCCAGCGCUGUCUAAAAACCCAUUGGCUGUACAUUCUUUUCAAAGACGACACUCCUCCAUAUGUCAUCGUACAGGUGAACCCGCUUGUGUCCAGUGAGGUUUGUUCAGUUCAGUGAAAACUCUGUCCAGUUUCAGUGUUGUGAAAGCAGCUGACAUUUCGUAGUGCUUUGUGAAACCUACAAUGAGACUGUUACAUAGAUGAUGAUCUCAGUUUUUUUAAAGAGCCGAGCUGUACAGAAGUGAAAGUGGAAUCCUUCAAUCCCUGAAAAUCAAUCAGAAUGUGAAACCUGAGAGAGUCGACGCCUGCAUGGUUUAUUUUCAUGUUUUAUUCAGCCACACUUUGUUCUCGUCACGACACCUGCACGGUGCCAUUUGUCUUUUGAUCCAACAUGUUAGUCAUGUUUGUGAUUUGAUGUAGUUGUUUAUUUAUUUAAUUUUACAAUAAAUUCAGAUUUAUAUGAA